CGUAAAGCAGCAAAUGGCGAAUCAGCCGGUUUGGAUGGGCCCAGCGGGAAAAAUUGCUUUGUUUUAUCGAGAAAAGUGGUGGAGUCCGGAUGCAUUGAUGCGAACGCAAUUACCCUUACCACGGGGCACGGGGACUGGCGACUCGUACUCGAAGAUCCACCCGCAACAUCAACCGCACGCCUUUCAGGCCUACGACGCUGGGAGCGUUAUCGUGGACGGUGAGCCAAUGCAUGUUUUGGUCGCCUUUGUGGCCCUGGGCAGCAACAACCAGAGCCUCCUUGCACAAGAUUAUCAAGCCUGGACACAAAAGUACGUUAGUGGCAACGGAAAACAUGCGGAAACCAUCGUCGAUAACGGCAG